GUUGCUGAAACGUGGACUGAUAGAUCACAGCCAGGUGGAGCCCUGAUACCUGUUAUAGAUCUUUCUUGGCCCUGGAACCGGAAUCGCCUGUUUUUUUCCGUGUUGCUUUUUGACGGAGCAAGCACGGUGUGCUGAAAUAAAAAUGUAUAGAACGGCAGCGAGGCGGUUGCUCUCCGGUGCAACCGUCGGUAAUAGUAGCAACGCUCGUCUCAGAUUCCUUAAUCACCAAACAAUUGUAACCGGUUCUCGAUUUUGUAACUCAGCGAGUUCUCAAUCAAUCUCUGAUCAAAACCCUAAUAGCCAUUCACAUUCAACUGUAUCAUCAUCGUCAACAUCAUCCUCGUCUUCAAGUCGUUCAGCGUCAUCUACGUUUGAACAGGCUCCGCGCCAUCACCAUCACGAGAGGCGGAGACCCAGUGUUGAGUACCAAGAUGAGCAAGCGCGCGUGCUUCAAUCUUCUCUUCGCCACGUGAUACGGUUGGGAUGGAGUGAAGAAGCCAUGAUUGCGGGUGCAAGGGACGCUGGUGUCUCCCCUGCAAUCGUGGGAUCUUUUCCUCGAAAAGAAGCAGCACUAGUUGAGUUUUUUAUGGAUGAGUGCUUGCAAAAGCUUAUUGAUAGAAUAGAUUCUGGAGAGGAGUUGCAGAACUUGGUACCUAGUGAGCGCAUCUCCAAGCUUGUCAAGAUUCGUUUAGAAAUGCAGGCUCCCUACAUAUCAAAAUGGCCUCAAGCACUGAGCAUCCAAGCACACCCAUCAAAUAUUCCAACAAGUUUUAACCAGCGAGCAAUACUGCUUGAUGAGAUCUGGCAUGCUGCUGGUGAUGAGGGCUCUGAUAUCGAUUGGUAUGCAAAGCGUACUGUUCUUGGAGGAAUAUACUCAACAACUGAGAUCUACAUGCUGACUGAUAGUUCCCCAGAUUUUCGUGAUACAUGGGCAUUCUUGGAUGAUCGAGUGAAAGAUGCCUUCGACUUCAAGAAGUCAAUUCAAGAGGCAAAGUAUUUGGCUGAAGCUGUUGGCGCUGGAAUGGGGAAUUCUUUGCAAGGAUUUGUGAAGAAAGUUUUCGCGGGUUGAAUCUAAGUUUCCAAGGCUGCCAGUUUUUCACUUAGCCAGUCCCAUAAUUUAGAAAAUUCUUGUAUAUCAUCUCUGAUGAGGGAUAACUAGUAGAAUAUGUUUGUGUUACAGUGCUUUUCCUGGUGCCUCAAACAUUUUUUAAAGUUUUUGGUCUGAGUUCACAUAUUUGCUUUCAAAUGAUCCACUGCUAAGAAUUUGCUUUUGCUCUUUCCAA